GGGUGAGCCCAGAGAAGGCAGAGCCGCGGCGGCGGGACAGGAGCGCGGAGCUCCGGCUACGGGGCCCCGGGCCGGGCCGGCUUACAACGCCGCCGGGGCUGGGGCUCGGGAUGGCGCAGCCGCGGCCCCCAGCGCCCCAAGGCCGUCCGAGGAGGGGCUCGUUGCCGGCGGGGGCCGGCUGGCAGAACACAGAUCUGUUUGAGAUGAUUGAGAAGAUGCAGGGAAGCAGGAUGGAUGAACAACGAUGCUCCUUCCCGCCACCCCUCAAGACGGAGGAGGACUACAUUCCCUACCCAAGUGUCCAUGAGGUUUUGGGGCGAGAAGGGCCCUUCCCCCUCAUCCUACUGCCCCAGUUUGGGGGCUACUGGAUUGAAGGCACCAACCAUGAAAUCAGCAGUAUCCCCGAGACAGAGCCGCUGCAGUCUCCCACCACCAAGGUCAAGCUGGAGUGCAACCCCACAGCCAGAAUCUACCGGAAGCACUUUCUCGGCAAGGAGCACUUCAAUUACUACUCGCUGGACACUGCUCUCGGCCACCUGGUCUUCUCGCUCAAGUAUGAUGUCAUCGGGGAUCAAGAGCACCUGAGGCUAUUGCUUAGGACCAAGUGUCGGACCUACCAUGAUGUCAUCCCCAUCUCCUGCCUCACCGAGUUCCCCAACGUGGUCCAGAUGGCAAAGUUGGUAUGUGAAGAUGUCAACGUGGAUCGAUUCUACCCCGUGCUUUAUCCUAAGGCUUCCAGACUCAUCGUCACCUUUGACGAGCAUGUUAUCAGCAAUAACUUCAAGUUCGGAGUCAUCUAUCAGAAGCUGGGGCAGACGUCCGAGGAGGAACUGUUCAGCACCAACGAGGAAAGUCCUGCCUUCGUGGAAUUCCUUGAGUUUCUGGGCCAGAAAGUCAAACUGCAGGAUUUCAAGGGGUUCCGAGGAGGCCUGGACGUGACUCACGGGCAGACCGGGACGGAGUCCGUCUACUGCAACUUCCGAAACAAGGAGAUCAUGUUUCACGUGUCCACCAAGCUGCCAUACACAGAAGGGGACGCCCAGCAGUUGCAGCGGAAACGGCACAUCGGGAACGACAUCGUCGCCGUGGUCUUCCAGGACGAAAACACGCCCUUCGUGCCAGACAUGAUUGCUUCCAACUUCCUGCAUGCCUAUGUGGUGGUGCAGGCAGAGGGGGGUGGCCCCGAUGGCCCCCUCUACAAGGUCUCAGUCACCGCGAGAGACGAUGUGCCCUUUUUCGGGCCUCCCCUCCCAGAUCCUGCUGUGUUCAGGAAGGGGCCUGAGUUCCAGGAAUUUCUUCUGACAAAGUUGAUCAACGCUGAGUACGCCUGCUACAAAGCAGAGAAGUUUGCCAAACUGGAGGAGCGGACACGUGCUGCCCUUCUGGAGACACUCUACGAGGAGCUCCACAUCCACAGCCAGUCCAUGAUGGGCCUGGGUGGUGACGAUGACAAGAUGGAGAACGGCAGCGGUGGGGGUGGCUUCUUCGAGUCUUUCAAGAGGGUCAUCCGGAGCCGGAGCCAGUCCAUGGAUGCCAUGGGACUGAGCAACAAGAAACCCAACACCGUGUCUACCAGCCACAGUGGGAGCUUCACCCCCAACAACCCGGACCUGGCCAAGGCAGCUGGCAUAUCCUUGAUUGUCCCUGGAAAGAGUCCCACAAGGAAGAAGUCUGGUCCAUUUGGCUCACGCCGCAGCAGCGCCAUUGGCAUCGAGAACAUCCAGGAGGUGCAGGAGAAGAGGGAGAGCCCUCCAGCUGGCCAGAAGACCCCAGACAGCGGGCAUGUCUCUCAGGAGCCCAAGUCAGAGAACUCAUCUACUCAGAGCUCCCCAGAGAUGCCCACGACCAAGAACAGAGUGGAGUCGGCUGCCCAGAGAACGGAAGUGCUGCAAGGCUUUUCCAGAUCCUCCUCCAGUGCCAGCAGCUUCACCAGCGUGGUGGAGGAGACGGAGGGCGUGGAUGGAGAUGAUACAGGCAUGGAGAGCGUGUCGUCCUCAGGAACGCCCCAUAAGCGGGACUCCUUCCUCUACAGCACAUGGCUGGACGACAGCGUGAGCACCACGAGCGGGGGCAGCUCCCCAGGCCUCACACGGUCACCCCACCCAGACGCCGUCAAGUCGGGGGACCCUGCGUGUCCCGAGAUCAAGAUCCAACUGGAAACAUCUGAGCAGCACACACCCCAGAUGGGCUGCUAGCUGCCAUCUCAUCAGCAGGCGGGACUGAGCAGACGAGGCCUCAGAAGCACAAGAAGAUGCUGCACCACAUCCAGGCAGCUGGCCCUCUGCCCCACAGCCACCACCCCAGCCCCUGGCGCCCCUCCCUCCAAGCCCUGGGCCCACCCAUCUGGGCUGUCUCCGCAGGGCGGAGCCAUCCAGAGCUCUCGAAUGGAUGGAUGCUGCUGGCAUCACCCCACCCCUACUCCAGGCUGGAGCUCUGGGUGUGGGCAGGGACUGUGGCCCUGGAUUGCCCCCACUGGGGCCUCCGUCACACCGGGUUCCCCACUGGAGUCAUGGGGAACGGGGUAGGAAAAGGAGAAGGAGCGCCGUGCGCAUGCGCGCACCCUACCGUGGAAGCAGCAGGUGCAGGGUGUGCCGAUGAGCACUGGGCAGAGAGUCCUGUGUGGCUUCCGCGGUGAGACCCUCAUUCUCUGGGCAUCUGUGCCGCGAGUGGACAAGAGCAUUUCAGAGAUCACUGAAGACAGAUUCCGUGCACCUGCCCCAAAAGGGGGUCGUUGUCCUAGGACCGCCUAUCACGCUGACUGCUUCCUGAGGCCCCAGGUGGGCUGAGGGGCCGGGGCUGCUGUACCCAUCACCCAACCUGAGUCCCCCAGCUUUACCACAGAGCUGCCAACGUCCUUUCACUGUCUACACGAUGGAUGGCCAAGUAUCCUCUGCUGGGGUCAUCCCUGGCUCCUCAUCCAGCACCCAGCUUAACCCUGCCACCCCGCGCUCCUGGGUGUACUGGGUUGAGGGGGUCUCAGCUGGUCUGGAGUCCAGACCUCGACAUCCCCUGCCCACCAUUGCUGUGGAGGGGGCUGCCAGGCACAGCUGCUGUGAGCCAAGUCCUUGUGUGUAUCUGUUCACUCUUAGGAGCCACGCCCAAGGCGAGACUUCCAGCCACAACACCCACUUUGGAAGCCCCGUGGCCACAUGUAUGUCAGUAAGGGUUGUACAAAAUAAAUUCUAUUUAUCGCUAUUGUA